AUGGCUAAUAAGACUCAAAUAUUAAUUACCGACGUUCCAAAGGAAAGGUUUAGUUCGUCAUGGCCUCAGAAUUUGGAGAAAAUUCUGUUCGAAGAGAAAUUCCCACAUUUGAAACCAAAAGUUCAAUAUUAUACUCCCUUAGCGUUUUUGAAUAGAAUUGUAAUAAUUCUGGAUGAUGAAAAAACAACUCUAGAUAUUUAUAAUUAUUUGAAAGAACAUGAGAAUAUCAAGAAUAGUCCAAUGAAGUUAUUUAUUACAGAAAACUUGUUAAAACCACGUUCGAAAUCUUCAAGCAAUGCUAACGACGGUGUCGGGUUAGAUUCUGAUAAAGAAUUACAGCCAAUUCUUUCUCUAGAUACCAAUCCUCUACAUACAGGUAUUGAGAGUAGUUCACUCUCCCUGGGGAGUUCUGCUUUAUCUCCGGAUAGUGGAUUGGAUUCCCCUACAUUAUUAAAGAUUUCAGAUGAAACUGAUUCAAAGCCAUACAUGUAUAGGGAACCAUUGCCUUGUAGUAAAUCGGUUUCUGAGAUUAGCACUACAAGAAGCUUAUCUGUAGAAAGUGAUAACAACCAAGUUCCAAAAAGUCCAUCUAUAAGGGUUCACGAUUUUACCAGUUGA